AUGAGCUCCCGGUACCCAGGCAACCAGGCUGAGAGCAGCAGCAACACCACCCUGGCCUGCUGCCAGGUCACCAGCAGGAAGCGGGAGCUUCCGCAGGAAAUGAGAGACAGCAGCCCUCUCGUGGGCAGUGCGCCCUCCGGUUAUGGGACCCUGACAAUAGCAACAUCGAUCGAUCCCCUCAGCUCCUCAGUUUCAUCCGUGAGGCUCAGCGGCUACUGUGGGAGUCCGUGGAGAGUCUUAGGCUACCACGCCGUGGUCUGGUUGAUGGCUGGGAUCCCUUUGUUGCUGUUCCGGUGGAAGCCGGCCUGGGGGGUGCGGCUCCGGCUCCGGCCAUGCAGCCUGGCCCACGCCGAAACACUCGUCAUCGAAAUAAGAGACAGAGAGGAUAGUUCCUGGCAGCUCUACACUGUCCAGGUACAGACUGAAACCAUCAGUGAGGGCAGCCUGGAGUUGCCCCCACAGGCCCAGCUGGAGGACGGCCGGAGCCAGGCAGCUGUGGGAGCAGUGCUGGAGGGAACAUGGAAGGACACGGCCCAGCUCCACAGGCAGGAGGAGGCAAAGCACGUGCUGCGGUACUACCUGUUCCAGGGCCAGCGCUACGUCUGGAUUGAGACCCAACAAGCCUUCUGCCAAGUCAGCCUAUUGGACCAUGGCCGCACCUGUGAUGACAUCCACCACUCCCGUUCCGGCCUUGACCUGCAGGACCACACUGUGAGGAAGACUGUCUUCGGCCCCAAUGUCAUCACCGUUCCCGUCAAGUCUUAUCUCCAGCUACUGGUGGACGAGGCCCUGAACCCCUACUACGGGUUCCAGGCCUUCAGCAUCGCACUGUGGUUGGCCGACCGCUACUACUGGUACGCACUGUGCAUCUUCCUUAUCUCUGCCAUCUCCAUCUGCCUGUCGCUGUACAAGACCAGAAAGCAAAGCCAGACCCUCAGGGACAUGGUCAAGCUGUCCGUGCAAGUGUGCGUGUGCCGGCCAGGGGGAGAGGUGGAGUGGGUCGACUCCAGCGAGCUGGUGCCCGGGGACUGCCUGGUGCUGCCCCAGGAAGGUGGACUGAUGCCCUGUGAUGCUGCCCUGGUGGCCGGCGAGUGUAUGGUCAAUGAGAGCUCUCUCACAGGGGAGAGCGUCCCAGUGCUCAAGACAGCCCUGCCAGAGGGCCCACUGCCCUAUUGCCCAGAAACCCAUCGACGCCACACACUCUUCUGUGGGACCCUCAUCUUGCAGGCCCGAACUUACGUAGGACCCCACGUCCUGGCAGUGGUCACACAAACAGGCUUCUGCACAGCUAAAGGGGGCCUGGUGAGCUCCAUCUUGCAUCCCCGGCCCAUCAAGUUCAAGUUCUAUAGACACAGCAUGAAGUUUGUGGCUGCCCUUUCAGUCCUGGCUCUCCUCGGCACCAUCUAUAGCAUCUUCAUUCUUUAUCGAAACCGGGUGCCGCUGAAGGAGAUUGUGAUCCGGGCUCUGGACCUGGUGACGGUGGUGGUGCCACCCGCGCUGCCGGCUGCCAUGACCGUGUGCACACUGUACGCCCAGAGCAGACUGCGGGAGCAGGGCAUCUUCUGCAUCCACCCGCUGCGUAUCAACCUGGGGGGCAAGCUGCGGCUGGUGUGCUUUGACAAGACAGGCACCCUCACAGAGGACGGCUUGGAUGUGAUGGGCGUGGUGCCCCUUAAGGGACAGGCAUUCCAGCCACUCGUCCCAGAGCCCCGCCACCUGCCCAUGGGACCCCUGCUCCAUGCACUGGCCACCUGCCAUGCCCUCAGCCGGCUCCAGGACACUCCUGUGGGUGACCCCAUGGACCUCAAGAUGGUGGAGUCGACCGGCUGGGUCCUGGAGGAGUCUUUGGCAGCAGACUCGGCAUUCGGAACCCAGGUCUUGGCGGUGAUGAGGCCCCCACUCGGGAGACCCCAGCAAGAAGGAGAGGAGCCCCUGGUGCCGGUCAGCAUCCUCUGCCGCUUCCCCUUCUCUUCCGCCCUGCAGCGCAUGGACGUUGUGGUGACGUGGCCAGGGGCCACACAGCCUGAGGCCUAUGUCAAGGGCUCCCCUGAGCUGGUGGCAGGCCUCUGCAGACCAGAGACAGUACCCACCGACUUUGCCCAGAUGUUGCAGAGCUACACAGCUGCUGGCUACCGUGUCGUGGCCCUCGCUGGAAGGCCACUGCCCAUCGCCCCUAACCUAGAGGCAGCUCAGCAGCUGACAAGGGACACCGUGGAGCAGGACCUGAGCCUCCUGGGACUGCUGGUCAUGAGGAACCUGCUGAAGCCACAGACGGCUUCGGUGAUCCAGGCGCUGCGGAGGACCUGCAUCCGCACCGUCAUGGUCACAGGGGACAACCUGCAGACAGCAGUCACUGUGGCCCAGGGCUGCGGCAUGGUUAAUCCCCAGGAGCAUCUGGUCGUCAUCCACGCCAUCCCCCCUGAGCGGGGCCGGCCUGCGUCCCUCGAGUUCCUGCCGGUAGAGCGCUCCACAGUCAUGAAUGGGGCUAAGGACCCUGGCCAGGCUGAGAGCUACACCGUAGAGGCAGACCCCCGCUCCAUCCACCUGGCCCUCAGCGGGUCCACCUUCAGCAUCCUGGUGAAGCACUUCCCCAAGCUGCUGCCCAAGGUCCUGGUCCAGGGCACCAUCUUUGCCCGCAUGGCCCCGGAGCAGAAGACUCAGCUGGUGUGCGAGCUGCAGAAACUCCAGUACUGUGUGGGCAUGUGCGGGGACGGCGCCAAUGACUGCGGGGCCCUGAAGGCAGCUGACGUGGGCAUCUCGCUCUCUCAGGCCGAGGCCUCUGUGGUCUCCCCCUUCACCUCGAGCAUGGCCAGCAUUGAGUGUGUGCCCAUGGUCAUCAGGGAAGGCCGGUGUUCUCUGGACACAUCAUUCAGCGUCUUCAAGUACAUGGCCCUGUACAGCCUGACCCAGUUCAUCUCUGUCCUGAUUCUCUACACGAUCAAUACCAACCUGGGGGACGUGCAGUUCCUGGCCAUUGACCUGGUCAUCACCACCACAGUCGCCGUGCUCAUGAGCCGCACAGGGCCAGCACUGGUGCUAGGACGGGCACGGCCACCAGGGGCGCUGCUGAGCGUGCCCGUUCUGAGCAGCCUGCUGCUGCAAGUGGCCCUGGUGGCCGGAGUGCAGCUGGGGGGCUACUUCCUGACCGUGGCCCAGCCCUGGUUUGUGCCUCUGAACAGGACGGUGCCCGCACCAGACAACUUGCCCAACUAUGAGAACACAGUGGUCUUCUCUCUGUCCAGCUUUCAAUACCUCAUCCUGGCCGCGGCCAUGUCCAAGGGGGCACCUUUCCGCCGGCCACUCUACACCAAUGUGCCCUUCCUGGUGGCCUUGACGUUCCUGGGUUCCAUCCUGGUGGGCCUCAUCCUGGUCCCCGGCCUCCUGCAGGGGCCGCUGGCACUGAAGAACAUUGAUGACACCUGCUUCAAGCUGCUAAUGCUGGGCCUGGUGGCCUUAAACUUCGUGGGGGCCUUCAUGCUAGAGAGCAUGCUGGACCAGUGCCUCCCACCCUUUCUGCGGCGCCUCCACUCCAAACAGACCUCCAAGAAGCGCUUCAAACAGCUGGAGCGUGAGCUGACCGAGCAGCCCUGGCCACCGCUGCCAGCCGGCCCCGUGAGGUAG